AUUGUGAAAUACACGGUGUUGCUUACUGUACUUUAAAUGUGCAAAAAUGGAGUGGGACUUAAAAGUAAAUAAACAACAGUAACAUGUAUGGUGCUGAUUGAUUGAAACUGAGUGAUCGAUCAGCUCUCCACUGCCUGCUCUCUCUCCCUUGCUCCUUCUCUUUCUGUAGUUAAAUGGCGUGCUACCAUUGGCGGUGGCGGCGUGUUCUCCUAUGCCUGUGCUGUACUCCAGGUGUCCUGGUGGGAUCUCUCUGUGUGUACAUCACCCUGGCUGUGUGCUAUGGUACUACCACCACCACAGGCCCAGGCGUUGCUGCCCCUAUCCCACAAACUCCACCAGAGCGCUUCGUUGCACUGGGGUUAACCAGUAAUGGCACCGUGGCCCCCCAUCCCACCAGCUCCUUCUGGGACCCCAAGCCCCACGGAGGAGCCCUCUGGAACCUGCUCCAGUUACACAUUGACCGCCAAUACAACCCCAUCCUGAUGCCCAGCAGAGAGUACAAUUACCAUCUUGAUACCAAUAAUAACAAUAAUAAAAACUAUUUGCGGUUUUCCUUCCCCACCUUGAGUGCAGGGUUCUCUGAGAUUGGGAACUUGACGUCUCAAAUGGAGGAUUUCCCGGAGCUGCCCCUGCAGAUGCAGAUGUUUGUGCGCUCUAUGCACUUCAGGGACUACCCUGUCCUCAUUGAGCCUGCUAGACUGUGUGGGCGUGGGCCAAGGAAGGGACAGGGGCCUCUCCUAGUGCUGGCCAUUAAGACCAAGGAUCUGAACUUUGAGAACCGUCAAGCCAUCCGGCAGACAUGGGGCCGGGCGGGAUGGGUGGCAGGGGCGACAGGGAACGGCGGUGUGGUGCGGAGGGUCUUCCUCCUGGGGAAGAACCACGCAGAGCCCCGAGUAGACGUCAGCGAGCUGCUGCAGCUGGAGAACCGCCACUACGGGGACAUCCUCCAGUGGGACUUCCACGACUCCUUCUUUAACCUCACCCUGAAGGACGUACUGCUGUGGGACUGGCUCUCCACCCGCUGCUCCAUGGCACGCUUCGUCUUUAAAGGGGACGAUGACGUCCUGUUGCGGACCCCUGCUCUCUUAGACUACCUCCGGGAGCAGACGAUCCUGUCAGGUGCGCCUGGGUCAGAGUUUAUGAAGGGAUUCAUGGUAGGGGAUGUGAUAGGAGCAGCCAGCCCCAACAGAGUCAACACUACCAAGUACUUUAUUCCUGCUAGUUUCUAUAAUGGUCUGUACCCUCCGUACGGGGGUGGGGGAGGGGUGGUGUACUCAGGGGAGCUGGCCCUGAGGCUCAACCGUAUUUCCCGGAGAGUUCACCUGUACCCCAUUGAUGAUGUCUACGUGGGCAUGUGCCUCCACAGGCUCGGGGUCCACCCCAUCCACCACCCCGCCUUCCUCACCUUCGACUUCCCCAAGAAAGAGGGGGAAGAGCGGUGUGCGUACCACACUAUCUUACUGGUACACAAACGCAGCCCUGCUCAGGUGAUGAAGCUGUGGUCGGAGAUAAUGAGGAACCAGACAGAGUGCAACAGCACCAUCCUGAGAACUGAGAAGGAGAACAAGAAUACAUUUCUGAUAGAUCCAUUUAGUGUGAAAGACAACAAGGGACAGGAACUUCUGACGGAUCCAUGGGGUAGUUCUGAAAAUUCAGCUCUAUAGUGAGGUAAUCACUGACUGAUAUGAAACUGACUUAAAGCUGCAAUAUGCAACUUUGUGAGUGACCAAAUUCACAAAUGUUAGCUAUACGAGCUCAGGUGCAUUCUGUUUCCAAUGAUUAUCCUUGAGAUGUUUCUACAACUUGAUUGGAGUCCACCUGUGGUAAAUUCAAUUGAUUGGACAUGAUUUG